AUGCCUCUCCUCGCAAGUUGCCCCCUAAACUACUCCCUAGACACGUGCAUGAUACUCAAUGAAAUAGCCAUGUCGGUCGGUUACACAGUCUCGAUACUCAUUGUGGGUCUCUUCCUCCAAAAGUAUCGCCGCAAGCUGCGGGCGAAGCUCUGCGGGCGCGAGGAUGUGGGGCCGAACAUUUUCGUCGACGUCCUCCUGUUCGGGUUCUGCACCAGCUGCGUCGCACAGGAGGCGCGGGAGCUCGACAAAGCUAUGGGCGUCACCGUCGAGUGUUGCUGCCAGCUGAGUACAGGCCGGCCCCUCCAGGACGCCCAGCCCUUGGUCGGCCAGCCAGUGCAAAGUCGGGUGAUGUAG